AUGGGUCAGUUGUUGGCGAAAUUCAAGAUUUGGCGUAAAAAAAAUCAGUCGUGGCACGAGACGACAGUACAAGGUAUAUAUUUAGCUUUAUCGGUCCGUUUACUGUGCGAACCAGAACAAUUCUUUCAAAUAUGUUUAUCCCCCUGGCAAGUUAUAAUCUUAAGCGAUACUUGUGUGUGACGAAAAUUCAAUUUUGCAACAUAAAUUGCCGAGUGGGGACUUUACGUAGAAAGAGGUGUUUCAGUACUUUUAUUAUUAGUUCAUCGUCUUUUCGAGUAUUCUCUCCGUGAUUGAAUUUUGAUAUUGCACCAAAAAAAAACAUAGCACGUAUCCUUUUCUGUACCAGUUUAUAAGUUAAGAACUAACGAGCCUAACUGAUGAUCCAUGAUGCGAAUUUUUACUUACAGCUUCACCAAAAUGCACAACACAUUUAGAGCAAAGGUUCAGUGAUGUGCAAACAGAAAGGCCUGAGGCCGGGCAACAGUCUAUUGACGAAUUAUUCAAGAAAUUGGAGCUAUUUGAGGUUACCUUAGAAAAACAACAAAAAAUUCUUCAGGAGCACAAUAUCAAGAUCAAAGAGAUGAAAGAUGCGGUUGCCAAGGUAGACAGAGGAAUUCAAGUAGAUAUAGGUAAACCACUGAGCGUCUUUUUAUAGUGAAAUAACUCGGCGUUAACCAAUUCUCCUCUGUGUGGAGAGGCUUAUACGUCUUCAAAUAUAAUUGUAAAAGUGAGCAGAAUUUUAACGGACCUUUAACCUUACGUGGUGCCCUAGGAGGAACUACCCGCGUUUGUUGUGCUGCUGCACGUAGCCGCACGUGAUGCGUUGCAUGUGUUGUUUACUUGUAUUGUAACAAUUUUACGCCAAAUUUGAGCCUUCGGCAGCUGCUUCGGUAUAUCGCCAGGAGCCCAUGGGCUGCUGAUAUCACUCAUUAUUAUUACUAUUUAACGGACCUGCACCUCUUUCUUUAGGGGCAGUUUUCCUAGUCCCAAAGAUACUUGUAUAAACUUCAUAUUAUCCCUACCUCCCAAAUAAGGACACCUAUUUAUUGCGAACACUUGGUUUCUUCCUUGUCAGGUCUGUAAUAUAAAGAGACAUCACGAGACUGCGUGACCGAAGGGAGCGAGAGGAAUGAACGAAAGAGUCUUCCCUCCUUCAAAUCUCACCCUCAUAACCACCCGCUUAGAAAUACGUCUCGGUUAUUCGCAGUUCGCUAUAGGGGUUCAGAGGGAAUCCAAGACAGUCUUGGAUUCUGGAUUCCAUACCGUGGAUUCCAGAUUCCAGGUACUGGAUUCCAGUCUUUGUAAGUGGAACUUGCAUUCUGGAUUCCAAUCGUUAAUGGGAUUCCGGAUUCCUUGAGCUGUAUUCCUGAUUCCAAAGCCCAGGAUUCCAGAUUCCACGCGUAAGAUUUCCCAGAUUUCGGAUUCCACAAGCAAAAGUUUCCCAGAUUCCAGAAUCCGGAUUCCCAUUGAUGGGGCGACAGCUCCCUCUCCUUCUUGUAAAUUACCAGCUAACGUUGCCUUCUAAAUCUGGAAGCUAGGAUUUUUUGCCGUGGGUUUAAAUAAAAAUCGUUUUCUCAGUAUUAAUUUAUUACUUUUUUAUAUUUCCAAAGGUCAAUGGGUGGAGGCUUUGCAGCUAAAACUCAACGGAUAUGAAUUGCGGUUAAAUGAGCAAGGUGAAAAUCAACGAAAAAUGAAGAAAGAAUUAGAAGAGCAGGCCCAAAUCCAACAAAACCUACAUGAAAAUUUGAUGGCCGGUGUCAUUGUUAAUUUUAUGAUAAUGGUGGUGAUAUGUAUGCUGCCAAGAGCACUGCUCACUUCUGUAUAA